AUGUGUUGCAGCGACCAGAAACCAUUGCCGGUGCCCAGUCUGGAGAAGGCCCCAAAGGAGUACGACGACGAGGCGGAAGAACCGACGGGACCGGCCAACAUCGCUGAAACACUCGAAAAACUCCGCGAGGAUCCUCUGGUACGAGAGCAGAAUCUGAAGCAGAUGCGUGAUUGGAUCGCAAAGCAUCCUCACAUUCGACGGUGCCGUACGGACGCCCGGUUCCUGUUGCUAUUCCUACGUGCCAGGAAGCACUCUUUCCUGCGGGCCUCACAGACACUCGAGCACUAUCUAGCCGCCCGCAUGGUCCAUCCCGGCUGGUUCCAACGGCUCGACAUACGCGAUCCCGAGCUGAGUCACCUGGUGGACAUUGGGUUCGUGUAUCCACUGCUGGAACACACCGCGAACGGUUGCAAAGUGACGAUCACGGAUUUUGGACUACUGGAUCCAAAGCGCUAUACGAUCGAACAUAGCAACCGGAUGCACAUCCUGCUGGGGGAGGCGUACGGUGAGGAUCCGUUAGUGCAGUGUGCCGGUGGGAUCGCGAUCUUUGACAUGCAGCACGUGACGCUCGCCCAUCAUAGCAUCAUUUCGCUUAUUGGCCUCAAACAGGUGGCCAAGUUCGUUAACAACGGUUUACCGCUCCGGUGUCAGGGUGUGUACGCCGUCAACGUUCCAUCCGGUGCGAUGUGGAUUGUGAACGCUGUGGCGAGCUUUUUAAGCGAAAAACUCAGAAAUCGUUUCGCGGUAUUUCGCGAUUUCAACGAGUUCACUAAAGAACGCUUCGAUCGCCAGUUGCUUCCGAAGGAAUACGGUGGCAAGGUACCGAAAAGUGAGCACAUGAAGGCAUUCCGGGAGCGGUGCGAGCUUUACCGGGACCGUUUGUUGGCACUGGAUGAGAUGGAUAUCGAUCUGGAUCAUAACGAGGCCUACUCGCGGGAGGCCUUGCUCGAUGAUAUCGGUGGUGGUGUCAUAGGCAGCUUUCGGAAGCUAGAAGUGGACUAA